CACACACUGAAGUCAAAGGCCGCUCGAAAACCGCUCGAAUGGGUUGGCGGAGAGGAUUAAACCGAAACAAAAUAUGAUCUUUUGAUGGUUUAGAUUCACCCAAGCAAGCCUACCGUUGUACAAAUGGAGUGUUGAAGGUUUGUAGUCUGUGGUGAAGAUCAAAUAGCUACGCUGUAAACGAGUAUUCGUGGAUAUUUUAUUGUUUUUUUCUUUGGGACCUCUGUUUGCUGGUCUGCACGGUUUUAACAAGCUAGCGCUAGCCUCGAUUCUAGUGAGCUGCUGUUGAGCUGCGAUGGUCGUCGCGAGUUUAUGCGGAUGUCUCCGGACCAGACUAUAGUAAACCAACGGCAACAAAUGGGAUCAUCCAGCAUCGGCCGAAAACAUCGCGGCGUAGACUAAUCAUUACAGAUUCUUAUAAUUAUUUGACUUUGUGGAAAUUCAGACAGAGGAUUCUGUGGACUCUGCGGCGGCAGGUGUUUCUCUAGUUGGAUUUUAGCCCACUGACAUUCUCCCACAGCCAUGGAAUCGACGGUUGAUGACGAUGCAAUGGCAGCGUGAAUGAAGCUUGGCGUGGGGAGAGCUGAACGAUGCCCAAAGGUGGGGGUUCUAAAACCCCCCAGCUGGACCACUUCCCACUCAACACCGACAUGGUGGAAAAGCAGGGUGGGAAGAAGGAUAAAGUGUUGUCAAACAAGACUCCCAAAUUGGAUCGCAGUGAUGGGGUCAAAGAGAUGAAAGAAAAGGCCCCUAAAAGGAAGCUGCCCUUCACUGCUGGAGCUAAUGGAGACCAGAAAGAUUCUGACUCGGAAAAACCAGGUCCAGAGCGGAAGCGCAUUAAAAAGGAGCCCACCAACACCCGGAAGGCGGGCUUGCCGUUUGGAAUGGGGAUGCCAGGGAUCCGGGCUGGGUACCCCCUCUCUGAGCGGCAGCAGGUGGCCUUGCUCAUGCAAAUGACAGCUGAGGAGUCCGUCAACAGUCCAGACACAACACCAAAGCAUCAGUCACAGUCCAGUCUGGGUCAGAAGGGAACACCAAACUCUGCAUCUAAAACCAAAGACAAAGUGAAUAAACGGAAUGAGAGAGGAGAGACUCGGCUGCACAGAGCAGCAAUCCGCGGAGAGGUACGCCGCAUCAAGGAGCUCAUCAGUGAGGGAGCUGAUGUGAAUGUAAAAGACUUUGCAGGCUGGACUGCAUUGCAUGAGGCGUGCAACAGGGGGUACUAUGAUGUGGCUAAGCAGCUGCUGGCAGCCGGAGCAGAGGUCAACACCAAGGGUCUGGAUGAUGACACCCCUCUACAUGAUGCAUCCAACAACGGACAUUUCAAGGUGGUUAAGCUACUUUUGCGGUAUGGAGGGGACCCACGUCAAAGUAACAGGAGAGGUGAAACACCAUUGAAGGUUGCCAACUCUCCGACUAUGCUGAAUCUUUUGCUGGGGAAAGGCACCUACACCUCAAGUGAAGAAAGUUCAUCAGAAUCUUCAGAGGAGGAGGAUGCCCCCUCGUUUGCCCCUUCCAGCUCUGUCGAUGGCAAUAACACAGACUCUGAGUUUGAGAAGGGCCUGAAGUCGAAAGGGAAAACCGCCGACCCUCCGAAAUCUGCUGUCACACCCGUCAAAGAUGAAUACGAAUUUGACGAGGACGAUGAGGAGGAGCGUGUCCCUCCUGUUGACGAUAAACACCUCUUGAAAAAAGACUUCCGUAAGGAUCCGAUCAGCAAGGCCAACAGCUUCAUCUCCAUACCCAAGAUGGAGGUCAAAACCUAUUCCAAAAGCAACUCGCUCACACCAAAGAAAACUGUCAGGCGGAUCAUCUCUGACAGUAACAGUUCAGACGAGGAUGACAGGACGUUGUGUUUCACGCCAGCGCCUACGCCACGGCAACAAGCCCAGCAAACAAAUACAAAGACUAGAGACUCUGGCAGCAUGAGCUCUAAACAACAGAAAGACAAGAAUAAAGUCAAAAAGAAGCGGAAGAAGGAGAGUAAAAAUAACAUCAGUAAAGAAGUCAGGUUUGGCAAAGUCAAUGACAAAUUCUGUACAUCUGACUCUGAUUGUGGAGAUAUGGAGAGUGAGGAUGAUAAGGGCUCAAACAGUAUAAAGGACUCUUCUGCAGCGAGCCUGAAAGAAUCCCCUGGCUUUAAUGCAUCCUCCUCCUCCUCCCAUGGAAACUCGAACUCUCAGAAACAAGUACCAUCAUUAGCAGAACAGCAUCCAAAGCAGUGGAGGACAGAUGGCUGGAAGACUGUGUCAUCUCCUACAUGGUCAGACGUCAGUUCCCUCUCAGAUUCAGUCAGAACGAGACUUUCUAGUGAGUCUGACUACUCCUCUGCUGAUUCCAGUGUGGAGUCAAUAAAGCAAGUUAAGAGGAAAGCACAGGAGAACAAAAAGAAGAAUAACAAUGUGCACAGUAACACAGUAGAGAAGAAAAAUUCAGAGCUCUACAAAAACUCCAAUGCAGACAGUGCUGUCUCCAAAACAGAUGUAGAUGGCAAAGUGCUGAAAAAGCAUAAAGUGAAGCACAAGCACAAAAAUAAGGAAAAGGACAAAGCUCCGAGUCUAGUUCUUAAUCAGGACAUGAAUGAGAAAUUUGUCAAAAGCUAUUCUUUUGACUUUGAUGAUUCGAGGCAGAAGUCCCUAAUUGUUGAGUCAGAAUCGCCAGCGGAGAGCAAAGUCAAGUUAUCGAAACAUGACAAAGACCAUUCAAAAAAGGAGGACAGACUUUCGAAAAGCAAGUCUGAGGACAAGGACUGGUCAUCUGGAAAAGACCUGCAUCGAUCGACCAAGGAGGAGAAAAAUAAGAAAACAAAAGACUCCACCAAGGACAAGGCAAAUAAGGAGGAGAGGGAGAAGCCGGCAAAAUCUGACAAGGAGAGAAACGUGAAGGAGAAGGAGAAGCCCAAGGAGGAUAAACAAAAGGCUCACAAAGAGGAGAAAAAGAAAAAGUCCAAGGAGAAGUCAUCCUCCAAGGCAGACAGGAAAAGUGAGCAGAAAGAGGAAAAACAUCUAAAGGUGGACAAGGAGAAGAACACCAAGGAGGAGAAGGAGAAAUGUAAAAAAGACAAAUCACAGAAGGAAGAGUCUGAAUAUGAAGGCUAUGACGUCAAUAACCGCUUCCUCAACCUGGAGGACACAAAGCUCAGUGCCUCAGAUGACCAUCAUGACAGAUGGGGCUCUGAGAUGUCCUCUGACUCCUCCUACGGAGAUGACAGCUGGGAUGCUCCUGUAAAAGAGUACAAGGAAUACAAAGCAAACAACUCUGUUAAACUGAUUGUUGAGACUGUUAAGGAAGAGACAAGGAGAAAAGAAAACAAAGUCAAGGACAAGAAAUCAGAUCACAAUGAGAAAAGAUCAGAUAAAGAAGCCACCUCUAAGAAGAAAGAGAAAGACUCUUCGGAAAAGACAAAUGAAAAGAAAAAAGACUGGUCAGAAAAACAAAAAUUAAACUCCAGUCACACAGUUGAGAAAGAAAAGAAGCGGAAAGAGUCCACAGAAACAGUCAAAGACAAGAAAGACAAAGACUCUCUAGAAAACAGCCGAGACCGUAAAGACUCUUAUGAGUUCGUGAAGGAAAGGAAGGAUGUUAAAAUCAAGCAGGAAUCUAUAAGAGAUGAAUAUGGCACUGAUACCUUCUUCAAAGAAAUUGAUGCUGUCGGUAAAUCGUGUGACAUCAGAGAAAGAAACCACUCUGGAAAGGAGAAAGAAAAGAAGGCUGAGGGAGUGGAAAAGCGAGAGAAGACUAAAGCUGACAAGCACAAAGAGAAAAUAAAAGACAGAGGAGCUGAUCUGGAGAAGGAUAAGAGUGAGAAAAGCUCCACUGAAAAAACCGUCAAGGACAAGGAUGCAGACCGGAGCACCAAAGACAAGAAGGAGGGAGUCAAAGACAAACACAAAGAGUCUCAUGGCAAAGACAAAGAUCGAAAGAUGUCUUCAGAACAGACCAAGGACAAGAAAGAAAAGGCCUCUCAAGACAAACAUCCCGACAGGGAGAAGGAUUUCUUGGAGGUAAAGAAAGAGGAAAGAAAACCUGAAAAAAUCCGGGAGAAAACUUGGUACAAGAUCGCCGACAUAUUCACAGAUGAAAGCGAUGAUGAUGAAGACAGUUACAAUGGUGGUGUUGGACUAGUGUCCGAAUCCAUCAGAAAAGACUCAACACCUGAUCAGGAUGAGCUGGACCACUUCCCUUCUGAAAAAAUUAGAAAAUCUUCUGCAGAGGCUAAACAUAACACAGAAAAGGCGAAAGACAAAGAACACAAAGAAAAGAAGAAGGAAAAGGCCACAUUUGACACAGGUAAAGAGAGGAAAGGCUCCCUAGAGAAACACAACAAAGACAAAAAAGAUUCUGUAGAUGCAAAACAUAAGGAAAGGAAAGACAGGAUGUCAGUGGACUCAAACCAAGACAAGAAGAAUAAGCAGAAACUGUUGGACAAAAGGGACACCAGUGAGGAAAAGACGAAGAGCAAAUAUAAAGACAAGCUGGACCAUUCUAAGGAAAGGAAACUCUCAAAAGGCAGUGGUGAGAAUGAAAAGUCCCUCUUGGAAAAACUCGAGGAAGAAGCUAUGAAUGACUACAAGGAUGACUCCAACGACAAGAACAGUGAAAUCUCUUCAGAUAGUUUCACUGACCGAGGUCAUGAGCCAAUCCUCACUGCUUACUAUGACUCCAUCAGCCUGACCGAUGUGUCUGAGGACAGGAGAGACUCCCUGUCUAUAUCUACACCCCAGGACAAGUUCAGAGAGAAAGAGAGGCAUAGGCAUUCCUCUUCAUCUUCGUCCAAGAAAAGCCAUGACAAGGAGAAAGAAAAGGUCAAGAAGGACAAAGGAGACAAACGCGACAAGACAGAAGACAUCAGAGACUCCUACAGCCGCAGAGAGAGCCUACCUUUUGAGAAAGAGCCCAUGCCGCUAGAGGCAGACCCUUACACAUUCCCGUAUGGAGGUAAGGGAGAUGGUGAAGACGACUUUGAUAAAACAUUAGAAUUUGAAAAAGAGAUGUCCAAAAAGGACAAAGACAAAGCAACUGGUGUCAUCAGUGACAGAAUGAAGGACAAAAAGAAAAAGGAGAAACAUAAGGAAAAAAUUAAGGAAGAGAAGAAUAAGUACAUCGAUGGCUUUGGGUCACUCAAACACUCCAAAGAGGAUGUGAAGUCAGGGCUGAAGGAUAGCCCACAGGUCACUGUUCUGAAAGACAGAUCAAAAGAAGAUAGUCCUAAAUUUGAUAUGAAAAAAGAUAGAAAUCGAGAUACAUUGGACAAAGACAACAGAAUGGACCACAGUAAAUCUAAGGCUAAGGAUGAAAAUGAAAAGCUCUCUCAGUCAAAAGACACCGUGCGGAAGGAUAACCGUCCACGUGAAAAACUGUUGGUGGAUGGUGAUUAUCAAAUGACGAGUUUUGGUCAGAUGUUGAGUCUAAAGGACCAGGAGAUAGAGGAGCGCCACAAGAGGCAUAAAGAACGGAUGAAGCAGAUGGAAAAGCUGAGACCCAAGUCAGGAGACCCUAAACUCAAGGACAAAACCAAGUCCACGGAGGAAGUACGGAAAAACCGCAGUGAGCUGUCGAAGAAAUCCAACAGUCUGGAGUCUGGUCUUAAAGAGAAGAAACUGAAGGACGUGGGUCUCCCGGCCCAAAUGAUGUCCCCUGGCAGGAAGUUCCAGCCUACUGACAGUCAGAACUCCAAGGACUGGCUGGCUGGCCACCAAAUGAAGGAGAACCUCCCAGCGUCCCCCAGGCCAGAUCAGAACAGGCCAACUGGUGUCCCCACACCAACGUCUGUCAUCUCCUGCCCAAGCUUUGAGGAAGUAAUGCAGACUCCACGUACCCCAUCUUGUAGUGCAGAGGACUACCCUGACAUUAUGUUGGAUGGGCUGGACUGCCAAAACUCAUCAGCAAUGACUAUGUCAAUGAAUGCCUGCUCCCCAUCCUUCUUUGAAAGCAGGUACUCAAACUCCCAGAGUUUCCAGGAAGGCACCUGCCCGACCCCUGCGAAGAACCUCCAGCUGCCACUCAUCAGCCGUUCUGCAUCCUCUGAUGUCCGCAGGCCUCUGGAGGAGGAGUUCAAGGCUGAGGCUGACAAAUUCCUUCGACAGCAGAGUGACCCAGCUGUUGAAUUUGAUCCCUCACAUUCCUCCCAAACUCUUGAGGACAAAUCGGCAACUGUGGAUAGGCUGGAGUGUCUCUCAUCUCCUUAUUUUUCUCCAAUUAGAAUCUUGUCCCCUCGACGGGAGCCAGCUCAUCCCACGCCAGACGUGGCAGCACCAAUUCUUGCCAGCACCGAGGGUAAUGAGCACCUUCCUGAAAAUGUAUACAACAGUUUCUUGCCCAAACCCUCUACACCGGUUCACAGGCCAGACCCCCAGGAGCCCUGCUUCGACAUAGCAGCACCACCGACCCCGGCUCCUGCUGCGUUGCCGCCUCUGGAUAUCGAUGACAUCUCCGAGCCUCACCACAGUGAGCCUAACCUGGUCCUCUCAGAUCUUCCCUCUGUCACAGAAGAACAGGAGGAGGAGGAGGAGGAGGAGGAGGAGGGGGAGGGGGAGGAAGAAGAGGAGGAAGAUGAAGAGGAGGAGGAGGACGACGACGACGAAGGUGUCAUGGGUGACAUGGGUGACAUGCAUGAGAGAGCUGAAGGAGAACACUGUGCAGUGGAGGAGCCAGAGCAAACAAGGGAGCCAUGUUCCUUCUCACCUCAAGUUGAAGAUCCUCUGAGGAAGAGCUGGCCGGCUGAGUCUCCAGACCGGCAGGAUCCAGAAAUCCAACCCAUCUCCCCUGCAAACUCUGCACCAAACCAUGGAGAGAACUGUUUUGAUCACAACUUGGGGUGGAACCCUGAUAUGGACCUCAAAUCUCCCCACAGGACGUACGGGGAGAUCGAGGCUGCUGUCUCCAAAAUAACCAGCCCUUACUCCCAUUCAGACAAUGACAUGCAGCACUUGACUGGGCUCCCUUCUGUAACUCCACCUUAUGCCACCUGGAAUAGGUGGCACAAAGAGGACCCAGAGGACCAAGAGGACCCGGAGGACCAAGAGGACCAAGAGGACCAAGAGGACCCGGAGGAUCCAGAGGACUUUGAUGAGCAGAAGGAAGCUGUGGCUGACAUCCCCUCUCCAGAGAGACCUGAAACAGCUAUUGAUGGAGAACCCAACUAUCUGAACACCUCAUCAUCCUCCAAUAGGCUGGAGUCUUUCUUCCAGGAAUGUAACAAGCCUGGCACAGAGGGCAGUCACCAGAUGGACACUGACUCAACCUGUGAAGAGCCAGACAGCAGGCAGACCACACACAGCUUUAGUGCCACUGCUGAGGGCCACAUGGCUCCAGCUGUGGGCCCCGAGCCCGUGGUGCCCUGGGCGGACCCUUUCUCGGCUGAUGCGGAUGAACUGGAUGACCUGGGACCGUUCUCAUUGCCUGAGCUUCCUCUACCAGACAAGGCAGAAGAAGCAGAGUCUCGACACCCAGAACAAGCUGACCACAUCAAGGCUGUGCAGACCCAUAUAAGACACACAAUCACAGAGAGAGAUGAUCCAGAUAUAAUGGAGGUGGACUUACCAAGCCUGGCCAAGACUACCUGUCCUGCUGGAGACCUCGGUUUAGGAGAACCUACGGGACAAGACUUAGUUGUACCAUCACCACACGCCAGCUUCCAGCAAGAGUUGGACUCUGAGCCUCAGAGUGUGCCAGUUAACACCUCUCUGUCUCUUGCACAACAACAGGGCAGCAUGUUGGACAGAAAAGGACCUUAUGCAGGUUCUGAUGAGUCUGAUCCCAGCAUUUUGUAUUCAUCUGUGAAACCUGAUUCCAGUCAGCAACAUCACCACCACUCCCUCACUGAGUCAUUGCAGUUACCCAUGGAUUCAGUGUCUGUUGUCAAAGCAGAGGCGAGACAGGAGGAAAUGCCUGAGCCCGUAGCAGAACCUGUGUCAUGCAGUCCUCUUCCUCCACUCCCAGUGGCAGUCACCCUCUCCAGCACAGUGGAACUACCAGACACUCAGGAGACGACAUCCAAGCUAACGCCGGUAACCCUGAACACUGUGUCCACCACCCCUGUAGAUAUCCCCAAGAAGGUGGAUGAAAUCCCUCAAAGGGUGACCCGCAACCGCGCCAAGAACAAUCCCUCUAUUGUUGCUGCUGCUGCUGCUGCUGCUGCCGCUGCCGCCGCCGCUGCCACUGCUGUUGUCCCUCCAACCUCCAGCGUUUUAACCUCGUCUGCCACUGCCACCCCUGUAACCAUCAGUCCUGCAGUGAGCAUCAAUCCAGUUCCUACUAGAACCCCGACACCCACCGCCAUCUCCCCCCUCACAGCUCCAAAGAAAGAAAAGGAAACUGUCCUUAGUGUCUCCUCUUCUGCAUCUAAUUCAACUACAGCAGUCUCCGCACCUUCUUCUGUGACAACGUCUGCCUCGGUGGUUCUCAGUAAGACGACUAAAGGUCGCCCCCUCCCAAUGGACGAAGAGGAGUCUCAGACCCAACACCCGCGGAAGAGGAAGUUUCCACGUUCUGCUGGGCAGCAAGUCCAGGUCCAGCUGGUAAACACAGCCAUGCAGCAGACCAGAGAAAUGAUUCAGCAGACUCUGGCUGUAGUAGUCAAUGCCAUCAAGCUGGACGAUAUUGAACCUUACCACAGCGACCGUUCCAACCCUUACUUUGAAUACCUGCAGAUCAGGAAGAAGAUUGAGGAAAAGAGGAAGAUUCUUUGCUAUAUCACCCCACAGGCCCCACAGUGUUACGCUGAAUAUGUGACCUACACUGGCUCCUACCUGCUGGAUGGCAAGCCCCUCAGCAAGCUUCACAUACCUGUUAUUGCCCCACCUCCAUCGCUGUCAGAACCUCUGAAGGAGCUCUUCAGACAACAGGAGGCAGUGAGAGGGAAGCUCAGAUUGCAGCACAGCAUAGAGCGGGAGAAGCUCAUUGUUUCCUGUGAGCAGGAGGUUUUAAGGGUCCACUGCAGAGCAGCCAGGACAAUAGCCAAUCAGGCUGUGCCAUUCAGCGCCUGCACCAUGCUUUUGGACUCUGAAGUAUACAACAUGCCAUCAGAGAGUCAGGGUGAUGAGAACAAAUCUGUGAGAGAUCGCUUCAACGCUCGUCAGUUCAUUUCCUGGAUCCAGGAUGUGGAUGAUAAAUAUGAUCGCAUGAAGACAUGUUUGUUGAUGCGGCAACAGCAUGAGGCAGCAGCCCUGAACGCAGUGCAAAGGAUGGAGUGGCAGUUGAAGGUCCAGGAGCUGGACCCAGCAGUGCACAAGUCCCUCUGUGUCAACGAAGUGCCGUCCUUCUAUGUGCCAAUGGUCGAUGUCAACGAUGACUUUGUCCUGCUGCCUGCAUGACACACCUGUGCUCACAGAAUGGAGAGCAAACUUUGUCUGAAUCACUUCUUCUCAAAGAGACUUCGUUGAACAGAACGAAUGGAAAGGGCUAGCAAGUUUGAAAGAGAACUUUAGACAGGAAAACAUUCUUCUUUAGAAAAAGAGUAAAGAUAAAAAAAACUUGCUCUCGAUUCCCUUCCGUGAAGAAGGAAACAUGUUUUUACUGGGGAAAAAGAAAACACACAACUUGCACUUUCAUCCUCAAAGUUUUUACGCUUUUGUUUGAUCAGAGUGUAAGAAGCAGAAACAGUUUUUUUGCUUUGAGGCUCUGACAUCGGGACAAAACUCCUCAGUGCUCAGUUACGGUGAGACGGGGGAACAGAGAUAUAUUUUCUGAGUUCUUUUUGGUCCCUGCUUAAAUAGACCCACCACCACCACCACCACUGGGAGGAGGUAUCAGAGAAGAGCUCUCCCAACAGCGUGGUGCCUGUCCUGAGGGAGGACUGAGGAGAAGCCUCCCCUGUUGACCCAGGGUUCCUGGUGGGCCGGGAGAACUAGACCGAGUCCAGCGCUGACCCAGAGGAAGUCAAACGGAGCAGUGGUGCAUCAACUGUAUCUAAAGCAAGACAGCUGGGACGGACAGAGCAGGAGAACCCACCGCUGAUGGUUUUGGGGCUGUAAGACCGUAUACCCAGAGGGACGCCCUCUAUGUUCAGCUAAACAGCAGUGCAACAGAGCCUGCUGCAGGUUUGGAAUACAGCAGAGGGUUAGGGAUGUGUGUGCACGUCAGGGCCCAGCGUCUGAGAGGAAGAGACUGACCCCUGCGGCCUCUCAGCCUGGCUAAAAAGAAGAGGACAGGCGUGGAUCUCUGAGGACAGACCGGAGUGUUCCUCAGUCACCCUGCUUGUUCCAACACAAACACAUCAGACCGCCAUGGACUGCAAAAACACCACAGGACAACCAGAAGAAACAAACAUAACGAAUGUUGAUAUUCAAAGAGACUAUUGAGAGAUUUGUGGUUUGGCAGGAGGAGAGAAAUAUUGUUUUUGUCUAUUUCUUUACUUGGGCAUUUCAUUGUUUCUGAGGAAGUGACUUGAAACACUACAGAGCCAAUAUUAGUUUAAUGGAAAAAAAACAAAAAGAAAAAUGAAAAAAAGUUGUAUUCCGUAAAUUAUGUACAGUUUUUAUAUUCGUUAACCAAUGUAUUCUUGCUGCCUUCUAGAUAAUUUAUUUUGCCACACAUUACUGCACAGUUGUAAAUAACCUAUGUACUGUAAUAUCACUCAGUUAAGUGUAAAGAAAAAACAUAAAAGAAAUAAAAAGUAUCUUUUUAUGUACAGUUCACUUUUGGGCAGCACUUUCCCCCCCUCAUAUCCAUGGGCCAAAAUGUGUACACGAUUCUGUCAGUAUUUGAAUGACUCCAGUGCACAGUUGUAUGAUCCCAUCUUCUAGAUUCAGUUCAGGAUUCAAAGUAAGGCAACUCCGCUGGACGUGGAUCACCACUACUCACAAAUAGCUGACAGAGAAACACUUCUGGAUUAACCACCGUAUAGUCCCUCAGAUGUAGCAAAAUAGUUGUUGAGGAUUUAUUUAAAGAAUAGACAGAGGAUUAUUAUUCAUUGCUUUACAAUUAUAUCUGAAAAAAUUCGAACCAAGAAAAUGCCUUUUUCAGUGAAAAAAAAAAUGUACUCAUUGUUGGGCAAAGUCACAUAGAUAUAUAUGGGUGGGAUGAAAGUCUAGAGAGAUGUCAUUCACGAGCAAAACCAUCUUGUUACUGUAGAUUUGGUGUUUUUAAUUUACCAAAAUUGGACUGAAAUCAUUUCUAAUCAUCACAAAGCAUCAUUGUCCGACACCAACAGGACACGGGUCUUUCAGCACAUGCUCCAUUCUCCCCGCUCUUUAUGGUAAACGGACCGAAGAGGUCAAACAGCCACUGAAGGCUUCACUCCACGCUUACUUUUAAUUUUUUGUAGAUCAGUCUGCCCCUUGUCUAAUGUUGAAGAGCAGCUUAUUUUCUAGGUGCUGUUCCAACUUUCACCCACUGGAUGGUGCCAGUGUGUGUCACAAAACACAAACUAUAUUUGGCUUUGCAUGAGACCUGUGGCCUUUCACUUAAAGUGGGUGUUUUUAAAUAUAUUCAGAUUUUAUUACAACCUAAACGGAGUUGGAAGUUUGGAAGUAGUCACAUCAGCCUUUUUAUCUGAUCUACAAGGGGUAUGGCUAGUGUUGUCAGGGAUUUUAAAUUUUAGGUUACUGCGUCAUAUUAUUCUGUCGUUUGGUGGCUUUUGUCAUAGUCAUGUUCUUGAGUCAGGCCCAAGCGAGACCGUUAAUGAGACUUAAACCUUCUCGGAAUGAACCAAAAAGUGGACAGACAUGAACACAAACAGUGAAGGGGAAAGAAAUGGCUGAAUGCUGAAUAGAUUUUUAUUUUUUUUUUAAUUGUCCUCAUUUAAAAAAAAAAUCCCAUUUAAAAUGUUGAUUUGUGAUGACUUGUAUUGAUUCUCUAUUUUUACUGGGUUUUUGAAGAGCUUUUCCCGACCUACCACACAGACUGCCUGUCUGCGUGUGAGAGCUGCUCAUGUAUCCUGAUGGCAAUAUUCUCUGAAACAUUUUAAGUUAUUUACACACUGUCAGUCAGCAUAGCUGCGUAUGGUAUGUCUAGUCAAGUGCAAUGGUUGUUGCUAUUACACUGUGCAGACAAGGUGGCUAGAUGUAUAGUCCUGGAUAUUUUUGCGAGAUACACACACAUCCUGGUUGGUAUACUUACAUAUUUGGAUACAAAACGCCAGAAUUUUGGUUUUUAAACCCCUGUUUGUCACGUUUUUUUUUUUUUUACUUUGUUGUUGGUUUCUCACACCGUUUUGGGGAAGAGGGUUGAGGGUGUCUUUUGUUCACUGAAUCCUUGUGUGUUUUUUAGCUCAGUGUAUGUAGUUUUUGAAUGUUGUUGUGUUUAUCUUUAGGGGUUUUUUGUUCCUGUAUAAAAAGCAUAAACACCAGUGGCAUGUCAAUCACAUUGCUUAUCGAGAAGAAUGUAUACCGUUACUAUGCCCUGACGACCACGCCCUCUCACUAUUGUUUACAAGACAUCAAGUGUGUUUCCGUUUCAUGUGUCACCUUUUUUUAACGGUUUAAGCCCUUGCCUUUGUUUUUACUUCUGAAAUCAGUUGUUAAUUUGAACCACAAAGGCUUGAAAUGGUGAUGGUCAUCACAACUGACAGGCGACCCCCCUCACACCCCACCCGGAAGUCUGCGGUACACCGCUGCACAGAGCAAUAGACUAAACACAUCCAUCCAUGUUGACUGUCCAGUGUGAAUAUUCAACUAACAAAAACAGUGAUUUUUUUUUUUUUUCAGAUUGAUUGAACACGCGCACACACACACACACACACACACACACACAUACACUCACACACGCAUACACACACACCAGUCCUCGGUUGCACAGUAGAGCACUUGGCCGUGGUGAUACAGAUGCUAGCCUGGCACCACCUCAGUCAGCAACAUAUUACCUCUACUCUCCUCACAUUCGCUCAUAAUGUUUAUUUUAGAUUUGAUAUUUGUUGUUUUUUUCUUACUGGACAUAAAUAUACAUAUUUGCUAUUUUUUCAUUCUAUAGAAUCACGAUUUCAAGCCUUUUUUUUUUCUAGUUUUGUUUUGUUUAUUUUUUAAUUAAAACCCAGACUGUAGCUAUUUCUUUGUUCCUUUUUUUAGAGUGGAAAAUGACUAAUAAAAAAGCAUGGAGAACUACUCUUUAAAUGGUGAGAAAUAACCUAUUUAUUAUCUUUUUGUUUUUUUGUUUUUUUUCUGACACCUGUGGUAAUGUUUUUGAGUUGAAGUUGGUCUCCGCUGUGUAAAUUUUCCUCCUGGUAAUGCGUGAAAGAGACAUACUGUACAUAGCUCUGUAAAUAAAACCUCCCAGGACGUUUUGCACCCUCCUCUUUGUACUAGUCUGAAAAAUUGCGUAGAAUGUGGGGUUCUAACAGCAACGAGCUGCGUGCGCUUGCUGCAGGUGAUUAUGAUGUAACAAUGUAACAUUUUUUUAUUUGUACAAUGUAGUUUAUUUGUGUACAUAUUGUUGGAGCAGCUAAGAGGGGGGGAGGGGUAUUUGAGGGGGUUGUUGAUGCUAUUGUCAGUGCUGUAACAGAAAUCCAGUACUUUCACCUCUAGCUGUUGUUGAUUUCCUGCAAAAAAAAUAAAGACAAAAAAAGACAAUAAAAAAGAUAAAAAUGCGAGAAACUGAAAAUGAGGAUGGAUGGGAAAAAAAGACUAAAACUGAAAAGUAAAAAUUCUAAAUUGUUAUUUUCUACAGUUGCAUGUACAGAGAGCGCGAGAACUGCUGUUGUUCCUCAGAGAUUAUGUUCGUUAAUAAAAUUUUGAAAUAUUA